ACACACACACACCCCCCCGCCCCGGGGAAGGAGGCCCGAGCGGUAAUACAAGCCCCAGAACGCUCUGUAUGGACUACAAAUCCCGGCGUGCCCCGCGCGGAGCCAGCCGGUGCGCAGGCGCGGUGCACUUGAGGCGCGAGAGAGACCUGGCUCCAGCGAACCAGCUAACGGCGGGUGCGAGUGCAGGGAAGCCAUGUCCCAGCCCGGCUCUGCUUGCCAGCCGCCGCCUGACGUUGACACAGAUGACUGUCUCCAGGACUAUUCCUACCUCUUCAGCCAGGAUAUCCUCAAGGGCAAAGUUGCGUUCAUCACUGGAGGCGGCUCUGGGAUUGGAUUCCGUGUAGCGGAGGUUUUCAUGAGGCAUGGCUGCCGUACAAUCAUUGCCAGCAGGAACUUGCAGAGAGUAGCUGAGGCUGCCAAGAAGCUGGAGGCUGCCACUGGUCAGCGAUGCCUGCCUCUUUCUCUAGACGUCCGGCAGCCCCAAACCAUCAUGGCAGCGGUGGACGAGGCUGUGAAAGAGUUUGAACGAAUUGACAUCCUCGUUAACAAUGCUGCUGGUAACUUCCUGUGCCCGGCCAGUGCUCUGUCCUUCAAUGCUUAUAAGACAGUGAUCGACAUUGACACCCUCGGCACCUUCAAUGUCUCCAAAGUACUCUAUGAGAAAUGCUUGCGGGACCAUGGCGGGGUUAUAGUUAACAUCACAGCGACCUUGAGCUACAGAGGGCAGGCUCUCCAGGUGCAUGCUGGGACGGCCAAGGCGGCUGUAGAUGCAAUGACCAGGCACCUGGCAGUGGAGUGGGGGCCCAACAACAUCCGGGUCAACAGCCUGGCACCAGGCCCCAUUGCGGGCACCGAGGGAUACCGGCGGCUCGGUGGCGCUCGUGCAGAAACGGACAGCUACCUCGAUACACUGCCCCUCCAUAGGGCAGGGAAUAAGACGGAGAUUGCCCACAGUGUGCUGUACUUGGCGAGCCCCUUGGCAUCCUAUGUGACUGGCACAACCCUGGUGGUUGAUGGGGGGAGCUGGCUGACCUCUCCCAACAAUUUCUCCGCACUGUUGGGUAUUGCAUCACACUCUGCUAAGCUCUAGAUCAUUGGGCCAUGGAAGUGAAGAAAGACAAAUGAUGGAUGACCAGGGACUGACAGACAGGACACUGAGCAAACACUAUGGCUUUGGACAUCCCUAUGACACAGGGUCAGGGGCCAGCCGUGACCUUUGUCCAUCAGCCGUUGGGAUGACCUCACUGGGGCAAAAGUGAAAAUGGCAAAGUUGAAGAUUCAAUGUAUGUCUUGGAGGGGGUGGGUUUAGCAGGGGCGGGGGAGCUACUGGAGUCCUGUCCAGAGGGGAGCUGGGCCCAAGUUUGCUCCUGAUUUUAUAUUUUGAAGCUGGUCUAGCAAUAGGUGCAGUGCUGGUGAUGGGUCUGUGAGGUGCAAGGCGGGUUGCUGGAACCUUGCUCUCCUUCACUAUGCUUUUUUCAUUUCUGUUACAUCAAACUCCCUGUUUCUCUAUUGAGUUACUUUGGUAAUGCCAGAGAGCAGUCCUGCCACCCCUCUGUCUUGAUUCCCAGCUGAUUUUUCCCAGCUUUAACCUAUAAACUGCUGAUACCUUUCCA